UUCAGACCAGGAAGCCAGAGAGAUUGCUGUGCACAGAAAAGCCGUGGGAAUGAUGUGAGGGGACUGGCGGCCUGACUCGACAUGUCUGACGAUAGCCUGGAAGAGAGGACCGUGGAGGUGGUCGACAUCCCUGCGGACUUGGACGAUGAGUUUCUCUGUUUGUAUUUUGAAAACAAGCGCCGUUCCGGAGGGGGAACCGUGGCAUCGUUUCAGAGGAACGGCAGCCGCGCGGUGCUCGUUUUUGAGGAAACCCAAGUUGCUGAAAGGGUCUUGUCCAAAGGGCCCCAUGUCGUACAGAAUGCAAAGCUUCUGGUCAGAAGGAAAGCCCCAAAGGACUCCAGUAAGCUGUUGCUCCGUGGGAUAAACCCUAGAACCAGCCUGGAGCUAAUAGAGCUGUAUGUGGAAAAUGUGACCGGAGUAGAUUGUGAAAAUUACCACAUUUACCUUUCCCUUGGGAGUGACUUAGCUCUGGUUCAUUUCCAUGAGCCAAUUUCAGACUUUCAGAAUGUGUUUGCAAAGAUUGCACGGAAGCCACUGGAUAGUGCCCAUAUUCAUCCUGAGCAAGUGGAACAGACUGACUCUAUUUUGGUGCAGAAUCUGCCUCCUGGUAUCGCUGAAGACAUGAUCGUACUUUACUUUGAAAGCAAACGAAGUGGUGGCGCAAAUGUGAGGGAGUUCAGCAUCAUAAAGGAUGGGGUUGCCAGAGUGUCCUUUGAAGAUGUAGAUGCUGUUCAGCGAAUCCUUGGAAAGUCGCACAAACUAGAGGAAAGUGAUUUGAUAGUUCAGCCUUUCUAUGACUUCUUGCAAACCAUAGAACAUAUGCAAACUGAGAACCUUGUGACAGGGCGAAAUGAAGGGCUUGGGUUAGCACAGAAUGAGGGAGUUGGCCAAGUUGAGAUGAGCCCUGCUUUAGACUUGUACACAGCUCAUGUUCCCAUCCCAGAGCCUGGAGCAGCUGAAGAGGACAAGGAGAAUGUCGUACAAAGUGAAUUCUCCACUUGCAUAACCCUCUCUGACCCCUUAAAGCUCCAACUGUUUAAGGCAUCCAAAUUCCUCACAGAUCUCCAAAAGUCUAAUCCCACCUAUGAAGUUAACAUCAUGGACAUGGUUGUGGAGAUAACAGGACCAAGCCAGCUGGGAACUGAGAAGCUGAAAGGUCAGCUUCUGGAGUUCUUUACUGGUUUUGCCCAGAUCCAUGUCACUUUUGAUAUGGAGAAAUCCAUGUUCUUGUCAAAGGUGCAAGUCAAGGAUUGGAUGCUGCAAGCUCUUGAACAGCAGGGCCUGCCGUCCAUGUACACGGUGUCGGACUGCGUUGUCACGGUCAUGUCACUGUCUCUGGCUAUGGUGGAACGGGUCUGCAAAUUCAUAAAGUCUUCAGUUAUUGACUUCAGCGUAGGUAUCACACCAGAAUAUGAAUGCAUGUUGUACUCGAAUGAAUGGUCUGAAUUCUUGAAUUCUUUGGACUUCUGCUCAGCAAAAAUCUCUGACAGAGGAGAUAAGAUUGAAGUUUUGACUUUGAAAGGAAUGGAAGAGGAGAAACGGAGCAAUAUAAUUGAGUUCCUCAGUACACCUGUCCAGACGGAGAUUGUAAUCAGUAUGGAGCCGGGUAUGCUGAAAUACAUUCAGAUCCACUGUGACCAGAUAUUGGCUGACAUGGAUCAGGUCUCCAUCUUACCCUUGGAGUCCAAGGAUGUUUCUGGAUUUAGACUGUAUGGGAACACUAAUGCUUGCCGCAUGGCAGAUGAGGUUCUGCGGAGCAUUGUGUCCUCCAUCCUCUCCAAGAAGAUAACAAUAAACCAGCCAGGUGUGGCCCGCUUUUUGGUCCAGGAAGAGGGAACCAGCAUUCUGAAAGAAAUGCAGACCAAGUUUGAGGUCUACAUCAGCCUGGAGAAAGUUCACUGGGAACCCCUGGAAAAUGAGAACAUUUUUGAUUCGGCGUGGAAACUAACAUCACAGCAGAACUUCUGUAGAAACUCUUCAGAUGGCUGCCACAAUUCUGGGCCACAUUUAAUCUCAGUUAAUGCAAGCGAUAGUGAAAUCGAUGCUUCUAGUAAAGGUCUUAUAGAAGAGGCCAAAAAACUUGUUUCCGUCAUUCACCAGGAGUCUGCAUCCAGUUUGAUCAAAGUCCCAAACUUUGAAGAGGAAGAGGACCUGUACACUGCUGCUGAGGAAGGAUGUUUCAGCUUGUCCAGCAACUCAGGAAGUCAAGUGGCGGACAGCACUACCCCAGCUGCAGAAGUAGAGCAGCCUGAUACCGAGGCACUAUCCCUGAAGACCCCCUGUGACCUUGACGAGGAUGCCGCUCUCUCGCUGGCCAUCCAGUACUCCAUGGAGCAGAACAAUAACCGAGCACAGGAUGAAGAUGACGAACUGCAGCGAGCCCUGGAACUGUCCAUGAAGAUGGACCAACAAACAGGUCCUGCUGCAGAUUCCCAGCUAAACAAAGCCAUCCAUAUGUCCCUCCAGGAUGCCCUUAGGGCAGCCAACUCUGCCGAGAUACUCGUAUUUGCACGCUACAGCCAUGAUCUCAUCAGGGUAGAUAUUGCUCUUGGAAAGAAGAUUGGCAUGAGGCAGUGUGAGGAGAAGGUGGAACACAAGUGCCUUAAGAGUUUGUCUGAACACCAAAGGAAGUGCAUUGACUUUAUCAGGCGGAAGCAUGCUGUUGAGAUACAGAUCCAGGGCACAACUGCCACGGUUUCAGGGUUUAAGGACUAUGUCACAGAUGCAGUUUCAGAUAUGAAACAGCUGGUGAGACAGUUAUCAAACACAGUCUCAGAUGCUGAAAUUUUGCGUACUGUGCAGUGGGUGUGGCACGAUGCACAGUCACAGCCAAUACCAUACCCUGACAACGCCACCAUCUUUAUAGAACACUCUUGGAAAGUGAAAGAAAAGAAGAUUGAUAUUGUAUUUGACAAUCAGCCAUACAUUAUUGACUUUGAGAAAAUGCAGGAAUACAGCAUUGCUUCUGGAAAAUCGGUUCCGAUUGAAAGAAAAAUACUCGGUUCAGGAGCUGUGUGCAUGGAAGCACAAGAUGAGGACUACAGUCUAUUAUCAAACCUAUCAGAAGCAUCCAGAGUUGAUGAGGACUCUGAUGAGUUCCAGGAUGUUGUAAAAAACUUCUACGACACAAUUCAAGACCAUCACAACAAAAUAAAAAUUGUGAAGGUGGACAAGAUUGUGAAUAAUCUUCUGUUGAGUCAGUACAAGUUAAAAAAGACUAGUAUUCUUCAAAGUGCAAGUGAAAUGCAGGUGGAGAGAACUCUAUACCAUGGCACAAGUGAGACAAGUGUGAAGGAGAUUUGUAUCCAUGGUUUCAACAGAAGCUUCUGCGGGAAGAAUGCAACUGUGUACGGCCAAGGGGUAUAUUUUGCCGUAAACUCCUCCAUCUCGGUGCAGGACCAGUACUCUCCCCCCAAUGCUGACGGCCACAAGUUUGUGUUUGUCACCAAAGUUCUGACAGGGGACUUCACCAAGGGCAAGCACGAGAUGAAGGCUGCUCCUCUGAAGGACAGCUCAGAGAUCCCCCUCAGAUACCACAGUGUGACAGACAAUGUGGAGUCGCCGACUCUGUUUGUCAUCUUCAAUGACACGCAGGCCUACCCAGAAUACCUUAUCACGUGCCAGAAAAUCCAUGGCUGAAUGAACCUGUCAUGCUGUCACGUGGGAUUGCUGCAUCGUCACACUGCAUCCUGCCAAUAGUGGGAGUUGAUUAACAGUAAUGCUUAACUCAUUAAAUGGUCUUGCCACUGGUUUAAAUGUAAAAUGAAAACAUUUAUUGUCACUGGUAACAUAUGAAGAUGAACAAAGGUUUGGGUUUCAUCUAAUAUUCUCUUACACACUUGCAAAAUUAGAAGUCUGCAAGUGUAUGUCCUUUAAUCAUCUUUCUAUGUAAGAUACAGCCUUGUCAGUAAGGCUGAACUGGUUUGAAUGUUCUGCUGAGUUUCAUAAUUACCUUUAUUUUAGCAUAUUCAUCUUAAGUUAUAAAUACUUGAAUUUGCAAGCAUUUUUCCUUUUGAGUUUUAAUUAGAAUUCUUUGCUUUUUCGGUUUUCUGCAGCUUCAGAUGAAACAUUAAUGACCAUUGAGCCACUGUAUGACUGUGAGGCCUCCUAAAAUCAGUAUGCUGCCAUAGUGUACAGCUCAUGUGUGGUGUUUGUCUUGUCAAUAACAAGAUCAUGAAUGAUGAACCUGUUCACAGGAUGAACCUAUCAACAACUGGCAUUGAAUCUGAGUUUGUGUAGACAUUUUUUUAAUUUUACAUUAAUUUUAAUGAUUCAAAUAUUGAAGUCAUACAAAAUAUUUAUUGCAACUGUACCUGAGUUUUCUCUGACAUGCAAAUAAAUCAAGACCUAUCUGCAUUCACCAUAUUUGACUUAGUGGUGAAAGUCAUUGGCAUCAUGAACCAAACAAAAAAUGAACUUCCAGUUGCAGUUGUGUUGGUAGGCAGAGAAGCCAGCGUACUUACUCAAUUUCAUUGCUGUUUCUUUGUUGAAAUACAAGCAGCAAAGCAUUUACAUAAUUUAGUUAGUGGAUUUCAAGCCUUAAAUAAUGGAGCCUUUUGAAAAAGUAAUAUAUAUGCUUUUUGUCAAGUCAAUGUAAACAAAGAAAAUUAAAAGGCAGCAUCUGAAUUGGUAAACUGCAUCAUAGUCCCUAACGUCACUGCUAGUUUGUAAGUGACAAGUGGCACGUGUUUUUGCACACCCACAUAGAGAAGUAGAAUUGCACUGAUAAUUGGUUGCAUGAGAGUAAUGUAUUCUUGCGAAUAAUAUGUAGGAAUGUUAAGUGUGCAAACAAAGUGAGUUAAUGUGAGCUGAUUUAAGAUUGCUGAUUAUAUUGGGUGCUCUGUGGUACAAUGUUUUCAAGUACAGAUGAGCUUAUUUUUUAAAUAAGUCCACUUUCCUCAACCUUUACUGUUAAAUGCUAAGCCAGAAUGAUACAAGAACUUUUUGUGUUGGGUAAAGACCUGUGUUACUGUUUGGGGCCACGUUUAUCUUCUGAGAUGUAAAUGUUCCUGGCACUUCCUGCCAUGAAGAUCAGUUGCCUUCGACUGUGGCUGUAGUUGCG